AAAUAGUCAAUGGAAAUGUUUAUUUUCUUGUAUGUCUAAUAUGUAGUGCAAACUGAAAAAAAUAACAAUGUGCAAUAUAAGGUACAUGUCGAUGUUCACUCAUAAGUUUAGUUCAUAAGCAUUCAUAAGUGUAAACGGUGUGACAACGAUGACAACCGGCGUCUUAGCAAAGAGAUUAAUGUAAUACAAUAUUUUGUGCUUAAUGCUGAAUUGAUGUUGAGUAAUUUUAUAUUUUCUACAAUAUGUUAUCGGCUGGAAACGUUUCGUAUUCUACCACGCAUUAUAUGACGAUUUGCAAGUAUUGCAAAACGUUGAAGCAACGUGCUUUGAUGUUAGGUUAUGUUAAGAAUACCCAGAUUAUUCCAAACUCGCUGUAUUCUACUACUCAGCAGUUGGAUGCUCGACAUAAAUUGCCAGAAAUUGAUCCUAAAGUAGAAGCAUUAAGGAGUAAAUUAUUGUACAGUGAUUACUUUGAAAAAAGAAAAUUAAAGUUUGGAUAUGCAAACAAUAAAAGGAUUGAGAACAUGAGAAUGAUGAGAAAAAAGAUGAGAACAUGGCACGAACUUAUUAAUACACCUGCAUAUAGUAUUGCUUUGAAAUAUCUUACAAAUGAAGAAAAGAAUCAUGAAGAUAAGAAUCAUGAACAUUUGACAGAGGAAGAACAUUUGGAAGAAAAUAAAGGUACAGCUCCUAUUCAAAUGCCAUAUUCCAAUGUAGCUAAGAGCCAAAUCAUAUCUGACCAAGAUGAAUUUGAAAAUCCUCUGCCAUUGAAUGAAAGGUACAGAAUAUUGUAUGAAAAGUAUUUACAAGCAAAGAAUACAGAAUCAUUAGGGCAAAUGGAGUUAAACUUUGAUGAUUACUUGGUACAGAGUUCUGAAGAAAAUGACACAACAGCGCUAUCGACUGAUGAUGUGUCUCAAAUUCCAGCAAAUUGGAUGGUGGAUUACGAAUUUUAUAACGAUGAAAAUGAAAAUAAUUCUUACUCUUCAUAUUACGGUACCCCAAAACCUGAUGUUGGUACUAGCUCAAUACCUUGUGGUGGUUGUGGUGCUCUUCUUCAUUGCAGAGAUAUUGCUAUACCUGGUUAUUUGCCCUCUGAAUUAUUCGUUGGUCGAACUAAUAAUGAAUUGAAAACAAUGAUAUGUCAGAGGUGUCACUUUAUGAAAAAUUAUAAUACUGCAUUGAAAGUCAAUGUAUCCCCAGAUCAAUAUCCUGAAUUACUAAAGAAAUUAAAAGGGAAAAAGAUGGCAGUUAUUUUAAUGGUUGAUCUGAUGGAUUUUCCUUGUAGUGUCUGGCCGGAUAUUAUGUCUAUUGUUGGUAAACAUGUGCCAGUUUUUAUCGUUGGAAAUAAAGUAGAUUUGCUGCCACAGGAUUCAUCUGAUUUUUUUGUACAUGUCAAAAAAUGCUUAUCAAAAUCUUUAGAAGAAUCAGGAAUAGGCAAAGCUAAUAUUAAAGAUAUUUUAUUAGUCUCAGCAAAAACUGGUUAUGGUAUCGAGGAACUUAUAAAUAAGCUCCACAAUAAAUGGGAAUAUCGAGGAGAUGUAUAUUUGAUUGGUUGCACCAAUGUUGGGAAAUCCUCCUUGUUUAAUGCACUAAUUCAGUCUGAUUAUUGUAAAGUGCAAGCUGUUGAUCUCGUACAGCGUGCAACAACUGCACCAUGGCCUGGAACAACUUUAAAUUUAUUAAAAUUUCCAAUUUUAAAUCCACAAAACUGGCGUUUGCUUUUAAGGACAAGGAGGCUGAUAUCUGAAACCUCCCAGAAGAAUGAUGAAGCAGUACUUAGAAAGGAUAAGUUCCUGCAAACUGGAAAGAUACGCUAUGCAACAUUAGAGGGAAAAGUCGGCCAAACUUUCUCGAAAAAACCGCGAAUCACAAACUAUACUGGUCGCUAUAUAGCUAACGUAGACACUCAGAGUACUCAUAAGUUUGGCUUGGAUGAAAAACAUCCAGAAUUUAAAAGUGGCCAUUGGUGUUUUGAUACUCCAGGUGUAAUUCAGCACGAUCAAUUUUUGCAUUUACUAUCAACGGAUGAAUUAAUGUUAACUUUACCCAAAGAAAUAAUUUCUCCACGAUCAUUCGUCUUACAUCUAGGAGAUACAUUAUUUUUAGCCGGAUUAGGCAGGCUAGACUUAAUAGAAACUUCAGGAGACUUUAUACGGUGCACAGUAUUUGCAAGUAAUGAACUUCCCAUUACUAUGUGCCGGACAGAAGAUGCAAACGAAAUCUAUGAAAAAUUAUUACACACAGAAGCAUUAGCAGUACCCACUAACAACCCUGAAAGAUUGAAACUUUGGCCAAAAUUAGAAUCAAAAGUUUUUGAAGCGAUUGGCAUAACACUUAAAGAAUCUGCUGCUGAUGUUGUAUUGUCCAGUGCAGGCUGGAUAUCCGUUACACCCGACGAAAAUGAAAAGAUUACUGUAAGAGCAUGGACACCUGAAGGUAGAGGAAUAUAUUUAAGAACACCAGCACUUCUGAGGAAGUCUGUUACACUUCGGGGUCCAAGGGUAAAGAAAUCUCGAGCAUACAAGAGAGGAAAGCAAGUAUACUGCAGAAUAUAAAUGAUACUUACACCGAUGUUGAAGAAUCUUCUCGAGGACUGGGAGCGCUACUUGGUCUGCAAGUACAGUCACUAUUUCCUUUAUCUAAGGAAGUUCGUUCAGAGAAUUUUGACUGCCUGUGAACUUUUGGCGGAUUUUUCUUGCAUUUGCAAUCGAUAUUUUUAUCCGAAUUAUCAUCCUGAUCGUUAGAGUGACAGGCAAAGUAACACUUGUACUUGGAACAAACUGGACAGCUCUCAAAGAUAUGAGAAUCGCCACAAACAGUCAAGACUCCCGGUGAUUUUUCUGGCGAUGAGGGUGGGCACGUACAUUUUGGUUGUUUAGUGACCGCAUGAUAACAUCGUUCUGAUUGUGAUCGUGAUCGACGAUUUGACGAACAUGGAGAGCAAGUUCGAGCCCCUUCGGUACUAUUUGGUUUUUGUCGGGAACUGUAACAAUGAAUUUAGCGGUUCGAUAGUGCAAUCUCUUAUUGUGAAUGUAUAUAAGACAUUAUUGUAUAUAUAAUAUAUCACAUAUGUCAAUUGUA